AUGAAUAGGUCGAUCAAUCGCUCGGUUGAUAUUUAUAGCGCGUCCUACGAACGAAGUGACGAGUCGACCGGCGACGGCUUCACACAAAGAGAGGCUGAGGAAACGGGGCAUAUGGAGCCGCCGUUUCCCGCGCUGCGCUGGCGGCGUAGUGCAACAAUGACGGCAUCGCGCAGCUACGUGACCUCAGCCCCGGCCGCCGCAGCCGCCAUGAUUCACCGGCGCGCCGUCCGCCUCGCAUUCCUUCCCCGGCCGCAUAGUGUGGGUGAGAAUGCACUAAAACGUUUGCGUGUGGUCGCCGGCCCUAAGCCGACCGUGAUUACUCCUUGUGUCAGGAUAAUGCGGGCCGUACCCGACAAACGUUAUGAACCCACCGAUUUAAUUGGAGAUUCC